AUGGCUCCGAGCCCGUGCCUUGUCCUCGCGCUACUGCUGUGCGCGGCCCUGCCCGCGCGCGUGUCCGGCGGGGAGCGGGACUGCCUCCCCUACACGGACUUCAACAACGAGUACCAGUUCUCGCAGACCUGCGUUUACGGCUUUUGCUGCGGCCGCUGCCGCUACCGCUACUGCUGCGACGACCCCUUCAAGCGCCUGCGCGAGGAGGACCAGGAGCACUGCGCGCGCUAG